UUGGCAUUAGUCUAUUUCCAUCCGUUCGAGUCGACAGCCAACGAUACCUCUCUUCAAGUGAAAAUGACUGGCCGCGGCAAAGGAGGUAAAGGUCUCGGAAAGGGAGGCGCCAAGCGGCAUCGUAAGGUUCUGCGCGAUAACAUCCAGGGUAUUACCAAGCCCGCCAUCCGUCGUCUGGCUCGCCGAGGUGGUGUAAAGCGAAUCUCCGGUCUGAUCUACGAGGAAACCCGAGGCGUUCUGAAGGUGUUCUUGGAGAACGUGAUCCGUGAUGCUGUCACUUAUACUGAGCACGCCAAGCGCAAGACCGUUACAGCUAUGGAUGUGGUCUACGCUCUGAAGCGACAGGGGCGCACCCUGUACGGCUUCGGAGGUUGAGCACGAACAGUUGAAACGUGUACAGAACAAAAACAGCCCUUUUAAGGGCUACAACAUUGUUUGCACGAAA